GUUGUUUAGCAUUUUUAAGCUAGCCAUGCCGCACCAAUGCAUAUAGUCUAUUUGUGCGUUUGUAUUCAGGGGCAUUGGAGCUGCGGAAUUGAGCCAUGCGUGUUUAUAGUGAAGCAGCACAAGUUACAGAGUAGAUUGCAAAGUAUCUCUGGGUUCAAUGUUAAAAGCUGCUAUCAUCACGCUGCAACCCGCCACGCCGUACGUCAUGUGAGCCAGCUGGCUUCAAGUUGACCUGCGUACCGUGUUUUAUACAGACUAUGUGGUAUUAGCCAGUGCUAACUUUAGGCGUGAACCUUAAUUUAACCACCGAGGCAAGCAGUACGUGACAGGUCUGUAGUAUUGGCUGACGGACCGUGUAAACGCGGCUUGUAAAAGAAUCCCACCGUGGUUGGUCAUAGUGUAUAGAGAGGAGCCUACUCCACUCUCCAGGCUCCUCAGCCAUGGCUCUGCUGACCUACCUCAAGAGCCUGUUCAUCCUGCAGUUGCUAAUGGGCUUUGUGUUCGUGGUGAGCGGCCUCAUCAUAAACUUCAUUCAGCUCUGCACCUGCAUCCUCUGGCCAAUCAACAAGCAGCUCUAUCGCAGGAUCAACUGCCGGCUCUCCUACUCCCUCUGGAGUCAGCUGGUGAUGCUGCUGGAGUGGUGGUCUGGGACCGAAUGCACCCUAUACAUAGACCAAGCUACGGUGGACAAGUUUGGCAAAGAGCAUGCCAUCAUCAUCCUCAACCACAACUUCGAGAUCGACUUCCUGUGUGGCUGGACCAUGUGCGAAAGAUAUGGUGUUCUAGGGAGUUCAAAAGUGCUAGCCAAACAUGAGCUACUGAAGGUCCCUCUGAUUGGCUGGACCUGGUACUUCCUAGAAAUAGUCUUCUGCAAAAGAAGAUGGGAGGAUGACCGAGACACUGUCUUCAAUGGACUGAGCAGGCUCAAAGACUAUCCUGAAUUUAUGUGGUUCCUGCUGUAUUGCGAGGGCACCCGCUUUACAGAGACAAAGCACCAAAUCAGUAUGCAGGUUGCAGAGAGUAAAGGCCUGCCCAAGCUCAAAUACCACCUACUACCCCGGACCAAAGGAUUCACCACCACACUGCAGUGUCUUAAGGGGACAGUGACUGCUGUGUAUGAUGUAACUCUCAACUUCAAAGACAACCAAACUCCCACUCUCCUGGGCAUCGUCAACGGCAAGACAUACAAAGCUGACAUGAGUGUAAGGCGGUUCUCUGUGGAGGAUAUACCAGAUGAUGAAAAAGAGUGUGCAAACUGGCUGCACAGGCUCUACCAGGAGAAGGACGCCUUACAGGAAAUGUACAACAAGGAAGGCAAAUUCCCCGGACCCACAGUAAUCCCACGCCGCAGGCCAUGGACGCUGCUGAACUUCCUGUUUUGGGCCACCCUGCUGCUUUCACCCCUCAUCAACUUCGCUUGUGGAGUGGUCGUCAGUGGCUCCCCCCUCCUCAUCAUUGGCUUUAUCCUCUUCCUCAUCAUAGCCUCCAUAGCUAUCCGCCGCCUCAUAGGGGUCACAGAGGUGAAGAAAACCGGCUCUAGUUACGGCAACCCGGAGGCAAAGAAACAAAACUAAAGAAGUGAUACCCCCUCCGUGUACGGCCGUUUCUGUACGGAUUCCCUGUGGUGUUUCACCCCUACCCAACUCCAUUCUCCUCUUACUGUUGAGUCAGUUGAAAGGCUAGGGAGGAGACCCAGCUGUGAAAACAUAAUAGAGACCAGAGUUAGAAAUACCAAUGGCACUAGGGUGAGAGAGAGUAUGGAAGGUCUGGGCUUCAAACUUUCUGGUGUAACACAGAACAUAUAUGGGGGGAGGCAGCGCUGUAUUCCCCUGCAUCUUUCUUAAUCUAGCUAGUGACCUACUGUCCCCACCCGUCUCAUGAAAUCCCGAUAACACCCAAGGUUAAUCUCCUAACUUGUCUGAGGUCACAUGGACAGUCAGUCAGUCCAUUUCCUGCCCUGCGCUACCUACCUCCACUUCAUGUCACAGUCAUCAAGCCAAUCAGGGAGUGUUGAUGUGCUCAUUCUCCUUUCCCACAGAACACAAGCCGAUCCGUAUCUGAUCUUUUAAAUCUUAACCUCCAUCCAGGGGCAGUGCGUUUCUGCAACAGCAAUCUGAUACAUGCAGGACAUCUUCCUCCCUUUUUUUUCUCCACUAAUUGAGAGUUGUAAUGGGAACCGGUGCCUUGAGGCCCACCCUGGUUUCCUUACUUUUAAAUGGUCUGUUCACUCAAAUCACAAAACAUUUACCAUUUAACUUCUACGAAUAUAGGAGGCAGGGUCAUUGUAAAAGUAAAAAAAAUGAACAACAGUGUGUCUUUCCAGAAACAAUGUCUCUGUUACUCUGGAUCAUGUUUGACAGUUUUCAUCAGUGACUAUAUGUCGAAUGUUAAAAAAAAAACAGAGUGAAAGCUGGCCAUAUUGACAUCAUUUGAUUAUCCAAGUAGCAGGCACAUUGUUCCUGGAAAGAGACACUGCUCUUGAGUUUCAAAUAUCAUUUUAAAAAUAUUUUCAGCACCACCAAUGAUAUUCAGUUCACCUCCAUUGUAAUGGCUUAGCAGCAGAAAUCUCAGGGGAGAGAUCCCCCCCCCAAAAUAAAUGUGGUCUCAUCAUGACCUUUUUUUUUAACUGACCCCUGAACAUCUUGGCUGGGAGAUGCUGGUGGCUAAACUACAGCAAGAGCUCAGAAUGUGAAAACUGUCCUCAUCAAGGAUACAUACCAUCCUUUACAGGUCUCAUUUGUAGCCCACAGCACCAACACCUACAGAUUCAUUCUGACACAUUUCAGUUAUUUUUCCAAUCUCUCUUCCUGUUUUUCAUUUGUAAAACACAAUUGGACCCCACAUGUUGAAAUGCAGGUUUGACUGUUCUGCUUUUGCUCUUGAUGAAUGGCAGAUCUGGUGGAACCAGAUUCCAGACAAAGGUCACCAACUGUCUUCAUGUAGCCUCACAGCUGUUGGGAUGUUUUGGUGUCCAGAUAUAGAUUGUAGAGCUGAUAUUUGAACCUUUGCCUUAAAUCAAGCCUGCUCAGGCAAGGGAUUGCUUAUUCGCCACCCCUUUAAAAACAGCACCCCAACUCUUACCUCUUGCGUUAUGUUUGAAGAUUCAUCCUCUUCCUCCUUACAGUGCAUGAUGGAGUUGUCUUUCUUUCUUUUUUUUUGGUUUGAUUACCAAAGUGAAAGAGUUAUUGGAAAACCAUUUUUAAUCUUUAUGGUAGAAAGCUAGAAAGUUGUUGGUUUGUUUAAGGCGUCCUUGUUAACUGUACAUUGCCAUUAGUUAAAGCCUUGUUUCUCUGAAUGUCCCAGCCAUUGUUUAAUGCAGUUCUAUACAUUUCACUGUUUUUAGAAUCGGUCAUCCCAGAGGUGGUUGUUUUUGACUGACAAAUUAAAUAUUGGCUAAUGCAAUCCAAGGGUAGAUCCCUUCGAGUGUUACAAGUCACAUUUCGUGGUCCCAAAUACAAACAAUGGUAGCAAAACAUGGAGGGGAUACUUUGUGUCAUGCUUUUUCCUCUCCUCCCCCCUCCUGUGCCACAUGUAGUAAUAAUCAUAGAUUUUGUUUUGUUAAAUUUUUGGGGGACUCAUCACUCCUCAGCAGUAAUAUGUCGUGUACUUCCUCUCUUGGUAAAGUAAUCUCAACCCAGACAGAUUUCAUGCAAGCCUUAAUAGACAGUUCUGCUUCAUUUUUGUGUGAAAAUGUAGAAGCUAACUGAACCCCUGUGGUAGUGAUGUAUUGAAAUUUGGAAAAAUGUCCUCCGGUAUAGCAAGCAAGUUGCUGGGAUUAGUUGCCAAGUUGGUGGUUCUAAAGUUUUAACAUUAAGAAUUAAAGCGAAAUGAGAAUGGAAGUCUAAGUACGGAGAGCUCUGUUCAUAAUCAGUUCUUUUUUUUUUUUUUUUUUUUUACAGUAAGUUACUUCAGUUGCUUUACCUCAAAUAUUUGUUAAAAGCUUUAGUAUCUUAGCCUGGUAUCUGUGUUUCCUUUGAUACCGACAUACAGCAUCGGAUACGAAUGCAGUCCAACUCAUCUUGUCAUUCAGUAAAAAUGAUAUCCCACAGCAGAAAGGAUGCUGAGAAGAUCAAACUUUUUACAGGGGAUGUUUUUUAUUCAGAAGACACAAAUAACUUUUUUUUUUUUCCUGAGGUCUAGAAUGGAAUCAAAUAAAAUUACAAAUUGACAACACUUUAUGACUUUUGAAAUCUCAAAGAUAAUUCAGUUAGUGGCACCUCUUGCGUCAGCUUUGUUUUGUUUUCUAAGGCUAUUUCUAUGUUUUCUUCAAUUUAAACACUUGAGAAUAUUAAAGGAUUUAAUCACAAAGCCA